AUGGAUCGAGCGAAGAAACGUUUAGCAUCAGCGCUGGAUGGUUUUAGGAAUCAGCAUAAAUCAGAAAUGGAAUUGGAAGAAAAGAUAACUGCUGAAGAUGUUUGCUUAACAGAAAUCGUAAGGCAUGGAUUUCCAGACGAUCCGCGAUGUAUGGCUUAUGAUACCGUACAACGUUUGUUAGCUAUAGGCACGGGAAAUGGAAUAAUUAGAGUCAUUGGAGAUGUUGGAGUGGAUUAUUGUCUGAAGCACGAAUCAGAUGCUGCUGUACUUCAUAUGCAAUUCUUGAUGAAUGAAGGAGCACUAAUUUCUGCAUGCCGUGAUGAUCUGAUACAUUUGUGGAACUUUCGACAAAAGGUACCAGUAGUGUUACACAGUAUACAAUUAACGAAGGAGCAAGUUACUUGUAUCAGUCAUUCUUUUCAAAGUAAAUGGCUGUAUUUGGGAACCGAACGUGGCAAUGUAUAUUUUGUUAAUAUAGCAACAUUUACCUUAUCCAACUACGCUAUCAACUGGAACAAAGCCAUUGAUUUAGGUGUUCGUACUCAUCCUGGUAGUGUAAAAGCUAUUUCUACCUGUCCUACAGAAUUUUCUAAAUUAUUGCUUCUAUACGAAAAAGGAAAUGUUGUAUUAUGGAAUCUUCAAACAAAAGAAGCGAAUAGGUUCAUAUCUGAUCCUCCAGCUCGUUGCUUUGCAUGGCAUCAUGAUGGCCGACAAUUUAUGUGUGGUACUGCAGAUGGAUCUCUAUUAAUUUGGAAUGUUCGAAAGCCGGGGGAAUAUGUACAAAAACUGCAACCUCAUGGACAAAAGUGUAAUCCUAUUAAUCAAGUUGAUUGGAAGCACUUGGCAAAUGGAGAACAAUUAAUUAUUUUUAGUGGCGGCAUGUUGGAAGAAGAUGGUGUAUUACCCACCUUGACCAUAAUGAGAGCAUCAAAAUCAGUUACAGUUCUGGAAUUAGACCAUCCUUUGAUCACUUUUGCAUCUCUGAAUACUUCACCUUUUAGCAGUGUAUCGCAGCAACCUUCUGGUGUCGCAGUACUUAUGAAACAUGACUUACUUGUUAUCGAUCUUACUAUUCCAGGUUAUCCAUGCCAUGAAAAUGUUAGUCCUAUGGAUAUUCAUAAAUCACGGGUACGAUGCAUAUCCUAUUUUUCCAACUGUCCUCUUGAUUUACUUGGUGCUUUAGCACUUGUUGGUUCGAAACAGCGACGUCAAGGAUUCAGUGAUAAGCCAUGGCCAAUCACAGGUGGAAGUGGACGAGACUGUGCAAUGGGUCAUCAAGAAUUAUUAGUUACGGGCCAUGAAGAUGGAUCGAUAAAAUUUUGGCAAGCAUCGGGUGAGCAUCUACAAAUUUUGUACAAAUUAAAAAGUGGGCGACAUUUCGAACAAAAUGAUGAGACGGAAUCUCAUGAAGCACCGCAUGCAGUUAUGAUGGUUGAAUUAUGUUUGGAUUCUCGAUUGCUGCUAGUUGCUGGACAAAGCGGACAAUUGACAUUAUUUCGUUUUGAAAAAACUGAAAACUCCCAUGAGAUUACUGUAAUUAAUAUUCCAUCAGCAUUUUCUUUCUUAUCGAGUAACAUGGAAUCGACUAAAGCAUCUUCUCCAAAGAGAGAAUUGAGGAGGCAGGGAACGGCAAUUUCAGAGGAAUCAAAUAGUACGGAUACUAGUGAGGGCAGCACACAAGAUGGUUACUUUCCGUUAAAAGUACGAGGUGGAGUGGUCAGAAGACUUGCAGGAUAUCAGCCAGAUUUGGUGUGUCUGGUUCCAUGGAAGAAUGUUUCACAACCGGAGACAAUUACAGCAAUGGCCCUUAAUUCAGCAUAUGGCAUUAUUGCUCUCGGUACAUCAACAAGUUUAACAUUGGUUGAUUUGGUACAGUAUAUUGUAAUAUGUUCUUGGUCGGUCGCUGAUUUAUACGUUCAGCAGCAUUCAACACCAAUAUUGCUUAGUCAAAACAGCAAUUCAAGUCAUGAUCCAUUCAUCGUACCAUCACGGAAACAAGAAACUUCCACAACAAAUACCUCCGUACAAUUACCUUUACAGACGGAUGUCACAUAUCCGGAAGACAUUUCAGUUAAAUGUGUUACGCCAAAACUUGUUAAAAAUACAUCAGCUGUACAGCUGAGACCUUCGAAUAAAUCAUCAAAUCGUCGGAAGCUUCUCAAACAUAUGACAUUAUUGCUUAAUCGAACAGCAGAUGGAAAUGACAAAAUAAAAACAGUGGAAUCCAUAACGACAGAUGAUAAGGAUAAGGAAGUGUUAACAUACGAACAUUCUUCAUCGCAUAAUUUAGAUCACAAGAAACGUCCACCAGUUGGAAGUGAAGUAAAAAUUAGAAAUGAAAUAGAAAGUGGAUCUAUACGAAAUGAUGAAAUCGUAAGAGCGGACGAUUCGCUUUUGAUUGACAAACUUCGUGUCAAAAGGAAAACUUUUAUUCGGUCAUUGACGAUACAUACGACAACAGCAGCAACCUCUGAUGAACAGUCCAAAUCAAUAUCAAGGUCGAAAGUAAUGUUAGGAUCGAAGAUCGCUAUACUUCGAUUCCGUUAUUGUGCGUAUAAGAAAAGGCAGGCUUUGAUUUCAAUGUAUGGAGUGGAUACGAGGCGUAAUAUGGAUUCACCACCAAUUCUUGUCAGUAGCAAAUCGAUAUUACACGGUAAUACGGAAAACUCACGUCUACGUCGGGAUAGGCGUCCGCAGUUGUUAAAGUCGCAGUCUAUUGUUGAAUCAGGCUGUGAAAUUAAUGAUCCAACAACAACGAAGGCAAGUUCAGUAGAUGAAAGUCCGUUAAGCGCUAACAAGAUGGUCUUUUCGGAGAGUGUGACUUCAUUAACAUUCAUUCAAUCAUUUGUCAAAAAAAAAGAUUCUCGAGCACAUUUAUGUCUUUGGAUUGGUACUUCUGCGAGCACAUGUAUUAUCUAUCAGUUACUACUUCCGACGGAUCGACUAAAUUCAACAGUUUCCAUAGUUCAUAGCGGUUCAGUAGUUCAGGCUCGAGGACGUAUAUUAUACACAACAUUGAUGGAUCGAAAUUUUUGCUUGUUAGAAGGUGCGACGGAAAGUUAUCAUGAAAAAGUGAUUCCAAAACCCAAAGAAGAUGAUGGGAAUCAUUCAGAAGAAAAUAAUUUUCCAAACAAAGUUCUUACAAAAUUGAGUCUUUCACCAACUUGCUCGAACGCUGCGGAAUACUCUCGAGAGGAUGAUUUUUUGCAGUUUGCUAUUUUGGUUUCUGAGGAUGAAGUACAUACCGUUUCAUUACCAAAUUUCAAUUCUCUAUUUUUAUAUCGUCCAGAAUUCCCAUUCGUUAAGGCACGUGCAACACACGUCCGUGGUUAUCCUGUGCUAAUGUUAUUGAAUGGUGCAGGACAGAUUGUUAUACUAAGCCUUCCGAGUUUAAGGCUUCUUCUUUGCUCAAAUCUUUUCCGACAUUCCGUUGAUUAUGAUGAUCCUUUAGUAGAAGUAAAGAAGAUUAUUUUGGAAUGUUUUCGCAGUUUUGGUCCUGUUUCAGCAUGUGCUUUAAAACAUCUUUCGCAGAACAUGGAUUGGAUCCAGAAAUUCACAGUUUCUUCUGAAUUGACAAAACAAGUACAAGAAUCAGUUGGCGAGUUAUUUAUACCCGUUGAUAUGCCCGAGCCACCAAAAAGCUCAUUUCUGAAAGGGAUGUCAACUUUAUUUACAAGUCAGAAAGACAGCUUCGAUUUGGAUGCUCUAUUUCUUGACAAAAAUUCCAACUCUGUGCCUGGCAGCAGUAUGCGUUCUAUUGCGAAAACGAUACCUGGUCCAUCAAAUAUGGAACAAGCUACAGCACACGGUGUAUCGACGGGUCAAGCAGCAAAUAUGGCUUUACAGGCAUUAAAUGAGCGUGCAGAAAAGCUAAAUGUAACUGUAGAUGCAACAGAACGACUUAAAGAAAAUGCAAUGGCUCUUUCGCAACGAACGGGAAA